GACGUGAAGCCCGCGCCGACGGAUUAUCGUCCCAAGACCGACCUGGUGAAACACUCAGGGGGCAACCCGAGGCCUCUGCAUCGCACGGACCCGCGCAAGAGUCCCUUCGACAUUUCCGUGGCUGGUCUGGACGGCGAGGCCAUCUUGAAGCGAGCGCUGAAGAGCCUGGACGAUCGUCCGAAGGACGACUUGGCGGAGAAGUACGACCGCACAACCCCCAGCUGGACGCUGCAGCCACGGAACGAUGCCAAGAUGCGCGAAGCUUACUGCGACAACCUCUACGGUCCGUGGUCAUCUUUCGGCUAG